CGAGCUGGGUGAUCGUUCGUCGCGGUUCACCUGGCAUAUCGUUUUAUUUUUGUUUAUGUCUUCGACUCGUGUAUAAAACUCUACUUGAAAUUAAUUUUUGUGACGACUCCGCUAUAAAUCGCUGUGCGUGUAUAUCAUUGUUCGAUAAUCAGUGGUGAUAUUCGUAAGAGUUGUUAUUAUAUAGCUUACGCGAUAAUUCUAUAACAAUCGAUCGUUAUUAUUUUCGUAAGAAAAAGUGUUUUCGAAUUUAUCGUAAUUAAACCUCGAUAUCUACUGUAAUCCAGGGGUAUAUAAGUUGAGAGAAAGUGCAAAGAAGCUUUGUGUCAUGUAACACGAAGAAAGUGACGUAGCAUUACCCGGACGCGUUAACCGGUACAAGUUUUUUGACAUGGUUGUGCGGCGAUCUCUUCGAGAAUGGUGCACGUACAAUAAGAAUAUCGCGUAAAGAAGGACGACUCUUGGAAGAGAAAUCCUGUCGUGGCAACCUGCUUGGCAUACGGUAUACAAAUUUAUCGAAGAUCGUAGAAGCUUGCCAAGCGACAUUUCGCAAUACUCGAAGACAUUGGUGAUUAAUAAGGGAGAAGCGAACCGAGGAGGUGGAAAUUAAAGAAAAAAAGUGUAAACUGCAAUGUGCGAGAAAAAAAGUGAUCGUGUUAGCAAGAUCGUGUCAAGAGAAAUUGGAAAACGAUGACGGAAGGAGGGCCAAACAUAAGCGACCUGAUGACGAAGAGCAAGCAGAGAAAUUGGCGGCGUUUGCUAGCCGGUGGCUUGGUCGUUCUCGUCGUGCUCGGUUUAGUCGUCGCAGCGGCGAUUCUUUUAACUGGAAGCCCGGAUUCCUCGGGCUCGAGAACGCCAAGCGCACCUGGUAUUUCCCUUGAAGAAUGGCUCGCUGGCUCGUUAUCUCCGAAGAGCUUCAACGGCACGUGGAUCAGCGGAAACGAGAUACUGUAUCGCGAUGAAGCGGGAAAUCUGUUGAUCUACAAUGUCGUAUCGAGGAAGCCGAGAAAAAUCCUGGACUCUAAUAACAAUGCGUUGAUGUCGAGCUUCGAUCAUCAACUCUCCGCCGACCGGAAAUAUCUUCUUCUGGCCACCGAUUAUCAAAAGCUCUAUCGACGCACAUACCUGGCCCGCUACAGGAUCGUGAACUUGGAAACCUUGGUGGACACGUCGUUGACGUCGAACGAUUCGAUUUCCCUGCAACUGGCUACCUGGGCACCUCGAGGGAACGCGUUGGUCUACGUGUAUCAGAACAACAUCUAUUACAGACCGGAAGCGGAAGUGGGUGUCGACUAUCCAAUCACGGAUACCGGUGUCUUCGGGACCAUUUAUAACGGAGUACCAGACUGGGUGUACGAAGAGGAGGUGUUCGGGUCGAACAAGGCUUUAUGGUUCUCACCGAGUGGCACUAAACUAGCCUUCGGUUACUUCGACGACUCUCAGACGCACAUCAUAACGAUACCGUUCUACGGCUAUCCGGGAAGUCUGACGUUCCAGUAUACGUCCGCCAUCUCGAUACACUAUCCGAAGAGCGGCACGACCAAUCCCGCGGUGAAGUUGUUUUACGUCGACUUGGAGAAGGUGGUUCAGAACAACGCGAACCUAACCGAAAUCGAAUACCCGGCCGAGUUAUCCUCCACGGAACGGAUUUUAUCAGCCGUCGCGUUUCCUACGGACGAUCUCGUGUACGCGACUUGGAUGAACAGGGUGCAGAACAAAGCGUACUUCCGUUAUUGUUACAUACACGAUUCUGGACCCAAUUGCACUAACGCGCUGUCUUACUCGGAAAAAGGCGGUUGGGUGGAGCAAUUCGAAGCACCAUUGUUCAGCGAAGACGGGGACUCGUUCCUGACGAUUUUGCCGCAACGACAAAACGAUGACAGCCACUGGAGGCACGUGGUCCGGGUCUCCGGCGUGUCUUCCGGCAAGCCGAACACCGAACCGCUAACUUCCGGCCACUUGGUCGUAACAGAGAUAGUUUCUUGGGAUCAGGAACGCUCGUACCUCUACUAUCUGGCCACGACGGAACGAGACUCCGCGGUGCAACAUUUGUACCGGAUAUCGUUGCGAGCCAGCGACCGUAAGCCGCCGGAGUGUUUGAGCUGCGACAUAGUGCGGGAAACCGACGGAAACCGAUGUCUCUACAACACGGCCAAGUUUUCCACCGAUCAUUCGCAUUACGCGCUCACUUGCGCCGGUCCUGGAGUACCUGACAUCGCCAUUUACAACCGGAAUUCCACGAAGCUUCUGGUAUGGGAAAGUAACGAGGCAGUUUCGGAAAUCAUCGAGGAAAGAUUGCAACCGAUCGUGCGUCGUUUGAAAGUACCGGUUCAGGGUGGAUUCGAAGCUCGAGUCAGACUAUUGAUUCCACCGAACGCUGAUUUGACCGGUGCCACCAAGUAUCCCAUGUUAAUUUUCGUAUACGGUGGUCCAGACUCUUAUCAGGUCACCGAGAAGUUUAACGUGGAUUGGGGCACUUAUCUCGUGACAAACAAGAGCAUCAUCUACGCGACCAUCGACGGCCGUGGUUCCGGAUUAAUGGACAACGGUAUGCUGUUCGCCGGAUAUCGAAAUCUUGGGACAGUCGAGAUAGCCGAUCAGAUCAACGUUACCAGGUAUUUACAAGACACGCAGCCGUUCAUCGAUCGCACCAGGACAGCGAUAUGGGGUUGGAGUUAUGGUGGAUACGCGACAGGCAUGACACUCGCCAUGGAUUAUCAGGGCGUCUUCAAGUGCGGCAUGUCCGUGGCACCUGUAACGGAUUGGGCUCUUUACGAUUCGAUCUAUACGGAGCGUUUUAUGGGUUUGCCGACGUUCGAAGAUAAUCUUCACGGCUACGAAAAAGGCCAACUACUCAACAAAGUCGAUAAUAUUAAAACGAAGAUGUACUACUUGAUUCACGGAACUUUGGACGACAACGUGCACUAUCAACAAUCUUUGUUGCUUGCCAAAGUUCUCGAGCAGAAGGAUAUUCUGUUUCGGCAACAGACCUAUACGGACGAGGAUCAUGGAAUCGCUCAAUCUCGGGCUCAUCUCUAUCACUCUUUGGAGAACUUUUUGGACGAGUGUUACGAAGUAUCAUGAUCGCGGCUUGUAGAAUAAACGACGAUCUCUGUGUCACCUGCCUCAUAUUCCACUUGUAAAUAACUUGUCACUUGUACAUACUCGAUGUACGAUAUGUAACAUUGAAGCGUUUUAGUGUACAUAACCGAAAAAGAAACUAACGAGCGUACUCGGUACAAACGUAAUCGUCGGCUCAGAAAGGACGCUUCAGAAAGCGACGAUCCUUCGCGAAUACGUGCUUUGUACCGAGCACACUGAUUCGUUGUUAGAACAAAAACUACUACUAGAGCUGGUUUGUACAAUUUUUUUGAUAUAUUUUUGCGAAAGGAGACCAGUUCAAUCGUUGAUCGAAGGCCUAACGGACCCGACAUGAAUCCUAUACAUAAUAAAAUAUUAACGACUUUGUUAAGAGCAUCUUAUGAAAUUCUCCGUAAGGACUCAGCGAGAGCCGAACAAUGCCGAAAGAAUGUGUUUCGCGUAAAAUAUAUUGUUAACGCGGUAAAUUUUAUUAUAAUAGUGUAACGGCGGUAACGAACAUUACUCUCGAACGUUUAAUCGCGAAUCUAAUCGAACGUGUUCCUGUUUCAUUUCAAGAAUUAUACGAGGCAAGUGAAUUUACGCACGAAUAUACGCUUUUUUUCGAAGAGAAACAGACUCGAGGAGAAACACGCGACGUUAUCUUCGAUGAUAUUUCACUGUUUUGUUUAAAUUAAAUAUUUGUUAUUUGGUGGUGGUUUACGCUUAACGGUAUUUUUUUUAUCCUUUCGCUUCCUGUCUUUCCGUUAACGAGUUGUAAUACGAUCGUCAACUAUUAACUACGAGUAUUAUAAUUUCCGUUAUUAAAAGAUAUCUAUAGUAUUUUACGGUGCAAGUAUAACUGUAUAGAAAUAAAUUCGCGUAAACUAACGUAAUUGAUAAACAACAUUAUUUAAACGUAAAAACAAAUUUCUUCCUGUUAGUUUUAUCGAUGUUACGAUAACCGGAGCCUUUUUAAAAUAAAUCGUAGUAUAAGAUCUUUCUGGUCGUGUAUAUAAUUAAGUUGGUUGAUUGCCCGAUUGUUGAAACUUCUUUGAUAUCGUAUAAAUAGCGUAUCUACUUCUCCUUAUUAUUACAACUAUAUAUAAAUACAUAUUAUUAUCAACGACUAAUAACUGUAUUUAAGACUAUUUGUAGCAUAAGCGAUGUACUAACAAAAUUCUUUAAAUACGAAGAUUUUAUAAUGAAAGGACCACUGUAACGGUUUCGAUAAUUCAUCGAUAGAAACUUCUUCGAGCGAUCGUUAACUUUUAUUCCAAUGUAUUGUACAAAAUAUUUAAUCGAAUAUAGAAUUUAAAAAUACAUCGAUAAAAGAACAUACAACCAAACGUAAUCAAAAAGAAAAUAUAUCGUUAAUUCGACGGUAUCGUGAAAUUAUUAUUCUCCCUUCACAAACUAUUUGUUGAGUGUAUCGGAAAUAAAACUCUAUGUUUCAUUAA